UGUGACGUAACUCCUGUGGCGAAAAUGUCAUUUGUUUCGUACUGCGUCCUAAGAAGGACCCGGCAAAUCGUUAUUAACGCCAGCCUACAAAGACAUUUGGAUUAUCAUCCACAAAGAGACCACCUAAAGUGCACAUGGAAUGCCUCUCAACUCGUCACAAGGCACCAACACACACAGGCACUCUCGUCAUUGGACGAUAAGGGCAGCAGGGGUCCUCUCGAUCGUUAUAACAGCCUGAUUGAACGUGGAGCAUUGAAAAACGAUGAUCACCAGAGGGAGGUGGUUACCCGGUUACAACAACUGCAUGAUACUGUUAGUGGCUACCAGCCAGAAGAGCUUGGGUUCUUUGAGAAGGUCCUAGGGAAGAGGCCUAGACCAGCGCCCGCAGGUCUGUACCUGUAUGGCAGUGUAGGAACGGGGAAGACCAUGCUGAUGGACUUGUUCUAUGAAGACGUGGCUGUAGCUCAGAAGUUGAGGAUCCAUUUCAAUUCAUUCAUGUUGGAUGUUCAUAAAAGAAUUCAUGAGAUCAAGAAACAGAUGCCUAAGGAUAGGGACAGCACCAAACCUCAGGCAUUUGAUCCCAUCUCACCAGUAGCUGAGGAGAUCAGCAAAGAGACAUGGAUGCUGUGCUUUGAUGAGUUCCAGGUGACAGACAUAGCUGACGCAAUGAUUCUCAAGCGUCUCUUCAUACAGCUUUUCAAUAAUGGUGUGGUUGUUGUGGCAACAUCCAACAGGCAUCCAGAUGACCUCUACAAGAAUGGUCUCCAACGAAGCAACUUUGUCCCUUUCAUACCAAUAUUAAAGAAUCACUGUGAUGUUUUAAAUCUAGACUCUGGAAUAGACUACAGAAAAUUAUCUGGUCUUCCUGUGGAUGGUCAAGUAUACCUCAACCAAUCAGAGUGUGAUGCAGCCAAUAUAUGUGAACAAUUGUUUGCAAAGAUGUGCACUAAACAAGGGAAAGAAGUGACAGAGAGGACAUUGAGAAUACUUGGCCGAGAUGUGAGGAUACCAAGGGCAUGUGGAAGGAUAGCUAGCUUUACUUUUGAUGAUCUUUGUUUGAAGGCAUUGGGAGCUGGAGACUACCUUGCCAUUGGUCAUAACUUUGAUAUAGUGUUUGUACACAACAUACCUCAGAUGUCACUAAGAUCAAAGUCAGCAGCCAGACGAUUCAUCACAAUGAUUGAUAACUUCUAUGAUUUAAAGGUUAGACUGAUCUGCAGUGCUGAGGUACCAGUGGAAGAUCUCUUUGUAACAGGUGCCAUGACACAGAAAGAUAUGGAAGACAACUUCAUGCUCAUGGACGACCUCAACAUACAGAGGGGGUCAGAGCUCUCCCAAGCAAGCAUCUUCACCGGAGAGGAGGAGCUCUUUGCCUUCCAGAGGACCAUCUCCCGUCUCACCGAGAUGCAGACGGAGGAUUACUGGAGCAUCUCGGAGGAGGAGAAACAGGAGAAGCUCAAGAGGAGAAAGAAAACAAAAGAAGAAGAGAAGAAGGCUUUAUGACGAUAACAAGGCUAUGAGAUUUUAUCUAGACAUUUCUAUUUUAAUUACUUGAUGGAUUUAUGAGAUAUUUUUAACCACCAUAGCUACUUAAACAGGCUGGACGUUAUAGGCUUAUGAAAACUAUCAGGGCAUUUAUUCUAUGUAAGCCAAAGGUGCUAUAACACCCUUCUGAUACAAGAACUCAAAAUAAACCUUGCUUUUUGCAAUACAUGCACAUACAUGAUAUUUAUGAUUUAGUAGCCACUUUUAAACUCUGGGGCGGUAUUCUAAGAUUAAUUUUAUCUCAGAUAAAGUCCCAGUUUUUAUCUCAGUAAGAUGAAAUACUGUUACAGUUUUUCUAUUGAACUAAGUAUUAUAAAAACUGUUUUAUUUCAAUCUCAUCUCACUAAAACAUGCCCAUUUGUGAUGCACUAACCAACAAAAAAAUGCUGUUAGAUUUCACUCUCUUCAUGUUCAACCAAUAGAGUCACGGUCUGCAAGUCUCUUGGGCAAGAGUGGAAAUUCAUAAAUUAUUACAAUUUUCACUAUGCGUGCCUGCCUCAAAGUGCAAAUACUUUUUUGCUAAAUUUUCUUCGAAAAUGACUGAGGUAGUUUCAGAGGCUUUU